AGUAACUGCUUUUUCAUGUUCAUGUUCUAUUAGUUUUACUGUUUUAGUGUUUCUGAGAUCAGAUGUUGAAUCAGAUUGGUAGUGGUGGAUAACAUUUAUACUAUUCUUUAUACUCAGCUUUACUACAAUGAUGUAGGUUUAUUGUUAACACUCUUUUAACUAUAGGAUUUGCCAGUUUUAGUGAGCUAUGGUUUAUUAAAGGUUGAACGUACAACGUUGAAACAAUGUUGCCAUAUCAACGUUGAUUCACUUUUUUCCAAAUCAACACCAAAUCCAACGUUGAUUCAACCAUAACAUCAACGUUGAUUUAACGGAGGGAGGGGCGCGCGCAUCCUCUCUCUCUCUCUCUCUCUCUCUCUCUCUCUCUUUCUGUGUGUUUGUGCGUGUGCUGGGUGUCUCCAGCAGCAGCGGCAGCAGUAGGGGUAGCAGGGGCAGUGCGCAGCUCUGGGGCAGGGCUGCAGAGAGAGACACCGCGCCGGAGCACCGGAGCUUCCAGAGCUCUGAGCUUACUCUCUCUCUCUUUCUCUUUAUCUACAGCGGCGCGUUUCUUUCAUUACCUCUCUCUCUCUCUCUCUCUCUCUCUCUCUCUCUCUCUCUCUCUCUCUGUCAGUCCGGCCAUGACGGCGCCGUUACCGUUCGUGUCUCUCUCCUCCCCCCUCCUCCUCCUCUCUCCUCCGCUCCACGGCUGAUCUCUCUCCGCUGCUCGAGCUCUUCACCGGGAGGAUGUCUGUGAAGGGGAAGCAGGGCGAGGCGGUGAAGGUGGUGGUCCGCUGCCGCCCCCUGAACCGCAGGGAGGAGACGGGCGGGCACGACAGCAUCGUGUCGGUGGAUGUGAAGCUGGGCCAGGUGGCGCUGCGGAACCCGGGCCGCGCGCUCCCGGACGAGCCCCUCAAAACCUUCACCUUCGACGCGGCUUACGACGGCUCGUCCCGCCAGACCGACCUGUACGACGAGACGGUGCGGCCGCUCAUCGACUCCGUGCUGCAGGGCUUCAACGGCACCGUGUUCGCCUACGGACAGACCGGCACCGGCAAGACCUACACCAUGCAGGGCCAGUGGAUGGACCCCGAGCGCCGCGGCAUCAUCCCCAACUCCUUCGAGCACAUCUUCACCCACAUCUCCCGCUCCCACAACCAGCAGUACCUGGUCCGAGCCUCCUACCUGGAGAUCUACCAGGAGGAGAUCCGCGACCUGCUGACUGAGUCCAAGGAUCAGGGUAGGAAGCUGGAACUAAAGGAGAGUCCUGAGUCUGGCGUGUACGUGCGGGACCUGUCAACCUUUGUCACCAAGAAUGUGAAGGAGAUUGAGCAUGUGAUGAACGCUGGGAAUCGAGCACGCUCUGUGGGCUUUACUAACAUGAACGAGCACAGCUCACGCUCGCACGCCAUCUUUACCAUCACAGUAGAGUGUGGGCAGCCCGGGCCGGACGGCCGCAGCCACAUCCGGGUGGGGAAGCUCAACUUGGUGGACCUGGCGGGCAGCGAGAGGCAGGCCAAGACUGGUGUCAAAGGUGAGCGUCUGAAAGAGGCGGCCAAGAUCAACCUGUCGCUCUCAGCUUUGGGGAACGUCAUCUCGGCACUGGUGGACGGACGCAGCUCUCAUGUUCCGUACCGUGACUCCAAGCUCACCAGGCUGCUCCGGGACUCACUGGGUGGGAAUGCUAAAACCAUCAUGGUGGCCACACUGGGACCAGCCUCAUGCUGCUACGAGGAGACGCUGACCACGCUGCGCUACGCCAGCCGAGCGAAGAACAUUAAGAACGUUCCACGGGUCAACGAGGACCCCAAGGAUGCUCUGCUGAGGGAGUUCCAGCAGGAGAUCGCCCGACUCAAGGCACAGCUAGACCGCCGUGGAAUGCUGACUGAAAAGAAAAGGCAGAGAAGGCUCCUCCAGCUGAAGAAGAGUGAAGAUGGGGAUGAGGUGGAGAAUGAUGUGGAGGAUGAAGAUGUCGGGGAAGAGGAGGUAGAGGAUGACGAUCAGGAGAGUAUGGAGAAAGAGGCGCAGGAGUACAUGCAGGAGCAGCAGGAGAAGCUGGAGCGAGAGAAGGAGGCCAUCAUGGAUGAUCGCUCGCUGGUGGUCGAGGAGAGGCAGAAGCUCCUUGAUGAAAAGGAGAGGAUGAUGGGAGAUUUAAAGAAAGAACAGGAGGCCACAGCGCUCCUCACUGCUAAGUUCAAGGCAAUGGAGAGCAAGCUUCUGGUUGGAGGAAAGAACAUUAUUGAUCACACUAAUGAACAACAGAAGAUGCUGGAGCAGAAAAAACAAGAGAUUACUGAGCAGACGCGUAAAGAGCGGGAGAUGCAGCAGAUGAUGUUGAUUCAGGACGAGGAGACGCUGGAGCUGAGAGAAACAUUCUCCUCUCUGCAGCAGGAGGUGGAGGCCAAAACAAAAAAACUGAAAAAGCUGUAUGCUAAGCUGCAGGCAGUGAAGGCUGAGAUUCAGGAUGUAAAUGAUGAACAUGUUAGAACCAGACAGGAGCUGGAGCAGACACAAAACGAGCUAACGAGAGAACUCAAGUUCAAAUAUCUGAUAAUAGAGAAUUUCAUUCCUCCGGAGGAGAAGAAUAAGAUAAUGAACCGGCUGGUGUUUGACACUGAGGAAGAUCAAUGGAAGUUCCAGCCUCUCGUCCCUGCAGAGAAUAAGUUCACUCAGAUGAAGAGGAGACCCGCCUCUGCAGUGGGCUACAAGCGACCAAUCAGCCAGUUUGCCAGGGUUGCCAUAGCGAUGGGAGCCCACUCCAGAUACAGAGCUGAGAACAUCAUGAUUUUAGAGCUGGACAUGACUCCGCCCACCCUGUUUCAAAUGGACUUUCCAAAGGCGAGCUCAGAGGCGGAGCCAAGCCGAGACGUGCUACUGGACAAUGCUUCAUAUAGAGAGAAAACAGGGGCCAGUCGAGUCAGGAAAUCUCGGUCAUGGUGCCAAGCUCAGCGACCCGUGUCCUCCUCAAGCUCCACACUCUCUCUGGCAUCCUCAGGGUCCAACAGCCUGCCACACCCCCACAGUGCUGCCACAGCGACAGCCCACCAAUGAGACUCCAGGGAAUGCAUCCCUUCUGCACUCCACCAGUGAGGGAUGAGCAAGAAGCAAGGACUGGUCGGCCCCCAACAUCCUCUUUUUCUGUUUUUUUUUUUUUUUUUUGUGAAAGGUUAUAUAACACUUGACUCCGUAUGGGAUACAUACUGCGGCCUUUAAAACAAGACUGGCAGAAAUAACAGUAAGGAAAGCAGUGCGACAGACAGUCCAAACCAUUUGUUUUCGUCUCUUUUCUUAUCUCGUCUUUUUUUCCUUCAUUUGGGUUAUGACCUGACGAGGGUCUUUUUUUUUUCAUUUGGGUUAUGACCUGACGAGGUUCUGAACACUUGCUGCAGACGGAUCAAUCAAGAUCGAUUCGUCUCUGCCUUUUCCAGCAUCAGGAUUUAGUUGAUUGUGUUUUUUUGCUGCCUUUUUUUUUUAUUAAGCUUAACACUUAAGCUAAGUCGACUGAAUGACCUCAAUAUGUUUACUACUGAUGUGCUGGAAAAAACAUGAAAACGCACUGCAGGUCCUAUCAAUGAGUUCCAGCUGAAAAAAGGAAAAAAUCCAAGACUUAUUCUAGGGAAAAUAAUUCUGAAAGCACCCUGGUAAGGAUGGACAAUCUUCUUUUCCGAAGCUGGAAGAGGAUUUUGCCGGAACCGAGGCGAUUGGCCAAGCUGCGUGUGCUCACACUAACUUCCCCGUGUGAUCUACUGUAAAGAAAAGAGCCGGAAAGGAGAGAUGGGAGGACUACAGACGAGUGCACCACAAGUCACUCACUCUAUUUCUCCUGAGAUCGGCCUGCAUGUUUUACUGUGUGUGUGUGUGUGUGUGUUCAAGUGAUUUGGUUCAGGGUUGUGGAACAGGGUCUGGAUUCAGUUCUGUCGGCUGGGUCAGUUCUGUAGAAGUACGGUUUAAAAAUAAGUGUUCUAGAAUGGCUGAGUGUUCUAGAGUGGUUCUAUGAAGAACCACGAAAACUCAAAAAUCAUUUGGAUUGGAUUUGGUGGAAACCUUUGCACAUGCUUCUGUAUAAAGCUUUUAAAACAAUUGGUUCUACAGUAUAUAGCACCAAAAAGGGUUAUCAAAGAACCCAUUUUUGCAUAGGGUGCAGUACUAAGUAUGUGAUCUAUGGGUACAAAUAAGUAUAAUAGGACAGAAGAACUCACUGUAAUGUGCCAGUUGACCAUUCAGUGCACCGUCCCCAAAUAUGUAUGUCCCUUUGGAGCAGCUCUAUUUUGAUAGGUUGCACAAGCUUUUCACUCAAAUGUCCUUUUCAACCUAAUGAGAGGCUGUUGUGUUCAAAAUGUCUAAAUAAGUCCAGUCAAACUGCACAGACUACUGUAGGGCUGUUAGAUUCCCAAAAUUCUGCAGUGAUUGAAAACAAGAUGGUGGGAAUCCCAGUCAAAAGUUUCUACAGCCAGUCCAGAGAGAAACGUGGGCCAUUAUGUUUGAAACUAGUUCCUUUACAUUCUGUAGAGAGCUGAAAUUUUGUUUUUGGAGCCAAUAAAAGUAUAAUAUUCAGUACAUAAACCACUUAUAAACUGUUUUAUAAUUAUCAUGGACAAAUUAACCAAACAUCUUGACAUGUGACUUUGUGGGUUGCCACAAAGUCUUCAGUUCCUCCAGAUGUCACUUUAAUUAUAUGACCUAUUUGGACGAAGAUGCCCCUGAUUUUUCUCUGUAAGCUUUGGGUGGAUAGGGUGUUAUAGAGCUGCUGUGGUUGAAUAUAAGUCACUUUUAUGGGUACAAAUGACUACAGAGGAAUUCAAAUGGAUCCAGAGCUUUUUGAACUCUGGAGUUCUCAGUUCUCAAAUGAAUGGAAACUUAGAAUCAACACUUUUUGGUUCUAUUAUGAAACCCUACUGUGCUACAAAAUGCCGGUAGUUUAUAGACACACUCUACAUAUAUUAUCAUACAAAUAUGACACAAAGUGCUAAACUUUUUUCUUAAGUUGAAUAAGGUGCUACAAAGGAUUUUCAGAGAGACAUCAUAGAAAAACCUUGUUUUGGUUUUCUUUUUAAAAACUUUCCACUUGAUAGUUCUUUUAGGAACCAUUUUCAUAAGUCAUCAUUUCCCCAAAGUUUAGCAUUUAAAAAUAGCAAGAAGAGCCCACAUUCAUCCAUGUUUUUAAACAUCACAUCUUAUAAACCACAGAGUGUAUAUGAAAUUCCUAAAUUAGUUUAUGAUCUCAUUUAUAACCAUUAAAUAGCUACAUUUUAGAUAUUCAUGAACAGUUUCUAUUUGCUAUUUUCUGGAAAUCGUCUAAUUCUAAGACUCUUUCAAAUUAGUCUUGGUACUUUAGUCACUGUGGUACCACUUUACUAUAAUUACUAGUUUGCAGCUGUAAUUAUUGGAAAGGAUCUUGAUUUGAAGUGAUAUCUAUGGCUCCCAAAGAACCAUUGUUUUGAAGUGGUACCUGUAAGGUGGUACACAUUGUUUCCAAAAACUUACACCAUAAACUAUUUUACUAUAAAGGUGUUUCCCAAGGUUCGUAAAGAAUAAUUGUUGUAAAGUGUUACUGUAUUUUUUGCACUAUAAGGUACACAGGAUUAUAAGGUGCAUUUUAUGUAACACUAGUAACUAGUAAUAGGAACAGGGGUGUCACCAUGUUUUUUUUCUAAUUCAGCAGGAAAGCUAAGCUAAGUAAAACUGUAAAAAAAAAUCUGUAAAAAACUUUUCAGACAAGUCAAACAAGCACUGGGUGUGAAUCUACACAGAUUUCUGUCCUGAAACCUGCUUAUUUGGGUGAGUAAAGUGCUUCCGUUUAAUGACAACAAGCUUAGAUUUACAGAUUUCCACUGAAGUUGGAGCAUUAGCAUUGGCCGCUAAUCGUUAGCCUUCCGACAGCGCUACACUGAGGAACCCUGAGUGCUUGGGUAAGACAGGGCGAUAUUAGCUAGCGGUUCAUACCACAUAGCUUGUUUUACCAUAGUAAACACGCAGACUACAGUCAGAUAUACUCGCCUCUGAAUGGCAAAAGAGCUAUCGCUGUGGUUAGCGGCUAAUGCUGCUCCGGUAGUGCUAACCAGGGUUAGCAGCAGGCUACAGGCUGAUAAUACUCACCACUGAAAUCUUAAAAGCUAGCGCUUAGCGUGGUUAAUGGCUAAUGCUAAGACUGCUGGAGAAUGCUGCACUUCAGCAGAACGGUUUAACUGCUCCUUACAAACUGACUGGUAAAAUUCAUUUAUAAGGAUUAUAAGGCGCACUGAUGAUUCCGAGGAAAAUUAAAGGAUUUGAAGUACACUCUAUAGUGCAAAAAAAAUACAGUAUUUUGUAAAGUUUAUUCAGUAAGAUGCUUUGCAAAGAUUAUAAAGAACUAUCAUAAAGUGGCACCAAUUAUUAUGUAGGGAACUAUUAGAGGUUCUUCUGUGGUAUGGCUCUUAAAAUCCUCCUGUUGUAUCAGUAUACGUUUUACAUGUAAACCAUGGUGACCUCAUUUGGAGUCUCCCAAGAUCAGCGAAGCAGCCAGUGUUAUUCCAAACACUAUUUCCAGUCUUCAGACAGUGGAUCAGGUAUCUGUUGUCAGAAUGAAAACCUGCAGUGGCUCUUUAUGGAACCGACUGGUGACUCCUGGAACAGGAGGAUCUGUUCUACCUUUUCUAAUUCUAUGUGGGGUUCGUUUCAGCUCAGCUUAGACCUUUACAUUGCUGCUCAAACCCAAAGCAAUGCGACAACAUGACUAGACGCAUGACUAAAGACUGGACAGCAUACACACACAAAAGAGAAACUUGCUCUGACUACUGAACACAUCCAGAGAUACUUCACACACACAGCUUUCACACACCUGACUGAAUCAGCCAUACACUCCAGCCGACAGCCCGCCUCCCUGACUGUAACUGUAUAGGUAGAUGAAGUUCUGUUUAUGCAUAAGGACUGUGUGUGUUUAAAAUUGUGUGUUACUGGCUAAAAGACUGUAAGAUAUCUCUGAAUUACUGAAUUAAAGGAUGAGCUCGCUGUUAAUAAAUGGAAGGAAAACA